UCCCUCUUAAAACACUUACCAGGAAGAGAAUGACUUGUUAUUUGUUCUUUCUGUCAUUCUGACUUUAUUUUCUUUGAUAAAAACAAAGAAGAAUCAGCCAUCAGAGGACAACUAUAAAAAGACUCUGCACUUUUGGGUUUGUUUCUGAACAGAGAAGAUCUUUGUGAUUCUUGUAGUUAUUCAUUUCUAAAACCGUUGAUCAGAAAGUGAAAGUAAAGAUUAAAUUUCAGCUCAAACUGUGAAAAUGGCUUCUUCAGCUGAAUAUGACUAUAAUUGUCCCGUGUGCUGUGAAAUGUUCAAGACUCCUGUUCUUUUAUCAUGUAGUCACAGUGUCUGUAAAGAGUGUCUUCAACAGUUCUGGAGAACCAAGAAAACUCAGGAGUGUCCUGUCUGCAGGAGAAGAUCCUCAAAAGAAAAUCUUCCAUUAAAUCUAGCAUUACAAAACUUGUGUGAGUCGUUCCUGAAGGAGAGAAAUGAGAGUCGUUCAUCAGGAUCUGAGGAGAUCUGCAGUUUAUACAGAGAGAAACUCAAACUCUUCUGUCUGGAGGACAAACAGUCUGCGUGUUUAGUGUGUUUUACUUCAAAACAACAUGUCAACCACACAUUCAGACCAAUCAGUGAAGUUGUUCCUUCAUAUAAGGAGGAUCUCAAUACAGCACUGAAGUCCUUACAGGAGAAACUUAGAAAGAGAGAAAACAUAAAAGAAGAGUUUGAGAAAACAGUUCAACACAUCAAGUCUCAAGCUGAGCACACAGAGAGUCAGAUUAAACAGCAGUUUGAGAAACUUCAUGAGUUUCUCAGAGAUGAAGAAGAAGCUACAAUCACUGCACUGAGAGAGGAAGAGGAGCAGAAGAAGCAGGUGAUGAAGGAGAAGCUGGAGGAGAUCAACAGACACAUCUCAGCUCUUUCACACACAAUCAAAGACACGGAGGAGAGGAUGAAAACCAAUGACGUCUGCUUUCUAAAGGGGUUUCCGGUCACGAUGGAAAGAGUCCAGAUCUCAUCACAGCCGGAUCCACAGACGCCUUCUGGAGCUUUGAUUCAUGUUCCACGAUACUUGGGCAACCUGGCCUUCAGAGUCUGGAAGAAGAUGCAGGACAUUGUCCAAAACACUCCUGUGAUUCUGGAUCCAAACACGGCUCAUCCCUUUCUUCUUCUGUCUGAUGAUCUGACCAGAGUGAGAUACAGAGUGAACUAUCAACCUCUUCCUGAUAAUCCAGAGAGAUUUGACUCUUAUUGUUGUGUUCUGGGUUCAGAGGGUUUUAACUCAGGAACACACUGCUGGGAUGUGGAGGUUAAAGAGAGUCGAUGCUGGAGUCUUGGAGUAACUACAGAAUCAAACCAAAGAAAGGGAUGUGUUUUCUUUAACACUGAUGUCUGGAGUGUACAGAGAGGAUGGUCUGACCAGUUUAGUUUUCCUGUUGAACAGGAUCUUGAUCGUGUGAGAGUGUGUCUGGACUAUGACAGAGGAACAGUGUCAUUCUCUGAUCCUGUAACUAACACACAUCUACACACAUUCACUACCACCUUCACUCACACACUCUUUCCUUUCUUCAGUACUCUUACUUCUCUGAAGAUCUUACCUGUCAGUAAUCAGUGAACACACCUGAAGAUCUGGAUCAACCUGCUUUUAAUUUUUACACUCAUCAUGAGACUAAUAUUUAAUUCUUAUCACAGUUUCAUUUGUUCGACAUGAGACUACGUGAAUAAUUGUGAAUAGUUUUCAGUGUAGAAUUCAAUGAAAUAGAAAUACUAUAACAAUGUGAUUUAAAUCUGAAAUCUCUUUAAAAAGUUUGUCUCCGUUUCAGAAUUAAAGGAAUAAUUUAUCUUUAUUACAUUAAAAACAGUGAUUAUAUAAUUUAGUGUACUGGUGUGUAUGUACUUUAGUGUAUAUGGUUUAAUGUAAACAAACAUGUGGAAAUAAUUCUAGUUAAUUCAAUUGAUCACAAAAAUAUGUUUGUUUUUUUAUUUGAAUGAACUGCUGUGUGUUUGAUCAUGAAUCAGCUCUCAGUGGUGUGUGAGACCAACACACACACACACACACACACACACACACACACACACACACACACACACACACACACACACAGACACACACACAGACACACGCACACACAGACACACACAGACACACACACACACACAGACACACACAGACACACACAGCCUCCAUCUGAUAUCUGAUAACAAUAUCUAAAAAAUAAACAGAUUUCCAGUGAAAAUCA